CGUCCCGGGCGGGCGGGAGGUGCACCAGCGGCGGCGGCGGCGGUAAAUCCUCCCGGCCGCUCACAGCACUGUGGAGCCGCGUCCCCAGCCCGGCCUCGGACCGCGCGCCCCUCCUGCCCCUCGCGGCUUCUCGCGCGCCCGCCCCUCCCCGCGCGCCGGUCCUGCCGAGCCGGCCGGCCGGCCUGGCUCCCCUCCCCGGCCCCGACGGGCGGGUGGCUGCCCUGAGGAGGCGGGGAGGGGAGGACUGGGCCGGCCGGCAGGCGGGCGACGAUGCCGAACUUCUGCGCUGCCCCCAACUGCACGCGGAAGAGCACGCAGUCCGACCUGGCCUUCUUCAGGUUCCCGCGGGAUCCGGCCAGAUGCCAGAAGUGGGUGGAGAAUUGUAGGAGAGCUGACUUGGAAGAUAAAACACCUGAUCAACURAAUAAACAUUAUCGAUUAUGUGCCAAACACUUCGAGACCUCUAUGAUCUGUAGAACUAGUGAAGAUGAAAUCAGGACACUGAAACAGAAAAAAAUUGAUGAAACUUCUGAACAGGAACAAAAACAUAAAGAAACAAACAAUAGCAAUGCUCAGAACCCCAGUGCAGAAGAAGGSGGUGAUGAACAGGAUGAAGAUACUUUGCCUUUAACCCUUGAAGAGAAGGAAAACAAAGAGUACUUAAAAUCUUUAUUUGAAAUUUUGAUUCUUAUGGGAAAACAAAAUAUACCUCUGGACGGGCAUGAGGCUGAUGAAAUCCCAGAAGGUCUCUUCACUUCUGAUAAUUUUCAGGCCCUGUUGGAGUGCCGGAUAAAUUCUGGUGAAGAGGUYCUGAGAAAACGCUUUGAGACCACAGCAGUUAACACAUUGUUCUGUUCAAAAACACAACAGAAACAGAUGCUGGAGAUCUGUGAGAGUUGCAUCCRGGAAGAAACCCUCAGGGAAGUGAGAGACUCACACUUCUUUUCCAUUAUCACUGAUGAUGUGGUGGACAUAGCAGGGGAAGAGCACCUUCCCGUKUUGGUGAGGUUUGUAGAUGAGUCUCAUAACUUGAGAGAGGAAUUUGUGGGCUUCCUGCCUUAUGAAAUUUUGGCUGUGAAAUUUCACACUACCAUAACUGAGAAAACAGUGAAGAAAGRGGUAAAGAACUGA